GCCUCACCGGCGAAGCGGUCUGUAAUCGGUUCAAUCUUGUUCUUGUAUAUUUUAGAGCAUAUGAAUAGGACGCAAAGCAAAGCCAGCUGACCGCUAUCAUGGGAAAGUCAUACACAUUGUGGUGCUCUAUCUUUGCGACAACUGGCUCGCUCAUCUAUGGCUACGACUCGGGUAUCAUUAGUACCACCCUCGGCCAAGCAACAUUCCCCUCAUACUUCCACAACCCGUCAGACAACCUCACUGGCGCAAUUGUUUCGACGUAUAGCGGUGGCCAGGGCAUCGGUAACCUCACCGGUGGGUAUUUAGGCGACCUACUCGGCCGCAAGAAAACCAUAUGGCUAGCGUCAAUUUUGGCGUUAAUCGGCGCCAUUCUGCAAACCGCAGCCGUAAAUAUCGAGAUGUUUCUCGUCGGACGCAUAAUUGCCGGCUUUGCCAUCGGCUUGGUAUAUGCCGUGAGCUCCAUCUACAAUGCCGAAAUUGCGCCGCCCAAGAUUCGAGGUGUGACUGUCGGCCUGCAGACACAAUUGAUCUCCCUUGGCUAUGCGCUGGCGAACUGGAUUGGCGUGUUUGGUAGUUUCGCGAAAGGUAAUGCUGCCUGGAGAAUCCCCCUCGGCAUUCAGUGCGUUCCAGCCGUGAUCUUGAUCAUAGGGCUCUUCUGGCUGCCCGAAAGCCCUCGAUGGCUUAUCCAGAAGGGCAAAUACGAGCCAGCAAAGGCCGUCAUUGAGAAGUUGCACUCCGACAUUAAUGCGGAUGCCAAUUUCUGUGAGCGCGAGUUUCAGCAGAUCAAGCAGCAGGUUGAUUAUGAGCGUGAAGUUACCAUCAAGUCGUGGUGGUCUUUAUUCACUAAACGAUCCCUUCUACGCCGCUUGCUUUUGGGGAUUGGGUUGCAGGUAUUCUUGCAAACAACCGGUGUUAACGUAGUAAAUUACUAUCAAACACAGCUCUUCUCUGGGGUCGGGAUUACUGGGCGAAAUGUGCUAUGGGUGUCUGCUGGAUACGGAAUGAUGGGCCCCAUCGCAAACGCUAUAUGUCUUACAUAUAUUGACAAAGUCGGUCGAAAGCUCCCGCUCGCCUGGACAUCAGUCGCCUUAGUGAUUGAUAUGAUUCUUAUAAUGGUGUUCUCAAAAUACUUCCCGGGCAGCGGCAAUAAAGUCGGGCAGGGCUUCACGAUUGCAUGGAUCUUUCUUUUCUCGUUCAUUUUUUCUCUAGGAUAUAACGCCAUCCAACUCGUCUACAUCGCCGAAAUCUUCCCUACCGCGCUUCGUUCACGCGCUACAGCAAUCUGUGCCUUCAUGGGAACGGGCGUCGGUCUGCUCUUUAACCAACUGUCCCCCAAAGCCUUUGCUGGAAUCGGGUGGAAAUACUAUGCUGUUUUCGUGGCCUGCGAUGCCGUUGCAGCUUUUUGCUUUUUCAUGUUCUAUCCGGAAACGAGAGGAAAAACACUCGAAGAAAUCGCUGAACUGUUUGGUGAUGACCUUGCUUUUACGGAGUAUAUUGGCACACAGAAUGAACAAUCGGAAGGUGUCAUUAUUAGCAAAACGCAGGCUCGAGACUCCGACGAGGUACAAGAGGAACAUAUUGAAGAGUUAUAGGGAUGUUGUGUUCUGUGCCUCAAAGAUUCGGCGGACGCGUAUAAUAUUAUGUCUAUAGAUCUCAUGACCUGAGCUCGCCUCUAGAUGUAACGCGUUGGUCAUGAUUGACGGUCUAGAUAUAUAGAUUGUAUGGCAUUAAUUGACUGAUAUUUGAA